UCUUCUCCAUCAAGUUUUUGUCAGUUAUCAUUUCAGGAUCUAAAAGUCUUCAGGCAGCGAGCCAUUUCUUCUUCGGUUCCACCGGCUCAUCUCCGGCCGGCAAGGUUACACGAUCUUUAGAGGUUGGCUGAGGAAGUGAAACUUGGGGUAUUCAAAUGGAGAAUUUGGAAGACUGGAAGAAUCUUGCUGAGCAAAGGCUGCAUCAAGGAAUCGAAUAUGUUCAACAAAUACCACCGACUCAGCUGUAUGCUGCAAUUGCAGUUUUGCUGUUAACCACCAUUUUGCUCUUAUCAAUUCGCUGGCUCAGACGUACAAAAUCCAAUACUGUGCUCCUUUCUGGUCUAAGCGGAAGUGGGAAAACGAUUCUCUUUUAUCAGCUCCGGGAUGGAUCUUCCCAUCAGGGAACUGUGACAUCAAUGGAGCCAAAUGAAGGCACUUUUGUGUUGCACGGUGAAAACUCAGAGAAAGGCAAAGUGAGGCCUGUUCAUCUAGUUGAUGUUCCUGGGCAUUCUCGACUUCGGCCCAAGCUAGAAGAAUUCUUGCCUCAGGCAGCUGCUGUUGUGUUUGUAGUGGACGCUCUGGAGUUCCUUCCAAAUUGCCGUGCAGUUUCAGAAUACUUGUAUGAUAUCCUGACCAAUGCCAAUGUGGUUAAGAAGAAGAUUCCGGUUCUUCUCUGCUGCAACAAGGCGGAUAAAUUGACUGCCCACACCAAGGAGUUCAUCUGCAAGCAGAUGGAAAAAGAGAUUGACAAACUGCGGGCAUCGAGAAGUGCAAUAUCUGCGGCCGAUAUAGCAAAUGACUUCACGCUUGGGAUCGCUGGAGAGACGUUUUCUUUUGCGCAUUGCCUGAACAAAGUCACGGUAGCGGAGGCAUCUGGCUUGACGAGCGAAACGGCCCAGGUUGAACAGUUCAUCCGGGAGUACGUGAAACCAUAAGCCAAAAUGCUGCAUUUAUAGACUUCUUGGGCCAUCCAUGGUCUCUGAUUUAUGUUUGAGAGGAAGUAUUUAGUGUACAAGAACGUUGCUCUUUCUGAUAGUUUAGUCAUUUCUCCUUCCAAUUGAGUUGCAAAAGCAUUCUGCCUAUUUUCAUAAAAAAUACUCGAAUUGGCUGGC